UUAAGGGAAAUCAGGAGCGUACAGUUCUGGAGGAUCGUUUCAUUAAUUUUAAAAUGCCUUUGGCUGCUGUUCAAUCAAGUUGUUCAAUUCAGAAAACUCAAAUACAGCCUUUCAUAGGGAUAGACUAUUGUCAGUUAGAAACUACAUGUCAAAUUAAUGGGCUCCAAAACAAACACAACCCCCACACAACAGAUGAGGCUCAUGAUUUGUUCAUGAAUGCCUAUCCUAACAUUUUUCUCCAACCUAAAAUGAAACUGCCGAGGAUCCCUGUCGUGGAAAAGAAAAAAGUAAUAUCAAAAGGAAAUCGUGAUGUAACUGAAGAAGAUUCCCAUGACAUCCGCAUUCACCUGGAAAAGCUACAGAGGAGGCGAAAGGCGGUGGACCUUGCCUUUGUGUACAGAAACCAGAUCAGCUGCCUCUUAAAGAUACUCAAAAAGAUUCCUGCUGAGAGAACCCAGACUGAGCAACAAGAUGUCUACAAAGUACUGAAAGUCUUCCCUGAUAUCGCUUCUCAGAUUUCCAAUAGGGAGAUGAAACAAGUGAGCAAGAUUGUAACACUGGAAUCCUGGGAGAAAAGACACACAAUAUUUGGCAAUAAUGGAUUCUAUGUAAUACUGAAAGGCUCUGUCAGGCCUGUGACGCUGCCAUACAAAAAACUGCUUGGAGAACCGUAUUUGGCUGGGCCUCAUUCUCCUUUGGUCUCCUCAUGUCAUAAAGUGCUCACUGUUGGAUGUUGCUUUGGAACUCUAGAAAAAAUACCAAAUUGUGAAUUAAACAGUAAGAGGCUGGCUGUUACUGCAGAGGAGGACUGUGAGCUUCUUAAGAUCUCCAACAGGGACUAUGCUAGAAUAAAAGCGGAAAUAGCUGCGCGGGAUCCAGCACAGAAUCAAGAGCUGAUUCUGCAUUGCCCAUUCUACCAACAAUGGCCUAGACUGUCCAUAAAUAAACUAGCAGCUCUGAUUGAGAUGAGAAAACUACCAGCUGGAUAUGUGCUGGUGAAGGAGGGUGAAGUCAGUCCCUUUGCAGGAUACAUCAAAUCUGGCCAAAGCAACAUUUUACGAGAUAUUGGGGCACUCGUGAAAAGGCCAUUGGGAAAAUUGGGUAUCCGGGUAAAGCAUGUCAUUAUAUGCAAGCUUAUAGAAAAGGAAUCAUUCGGGGAGGUGAGCAUUCUUCUCAACCAGCCUUCCACCUGCACCAUCGUCACAGAAACAGAAGUUGAAUUAGGAGUCAUCCUUCCUUCUGCUUUACAAAGUCUUGAUUCCGUGACACAGGCUCUUAUGCUUCAAACAGCACAACCAAAAUUUCAGGAGUUAACUCAGGAAGAAAUCAACAAGAAAUAUCUCAGUCAAGAAAAGCAAAAGGAGUGGGACUGUUUCAAGCAUACAGUCAUCUGGGAGGCCCUGCAUUACAACGGAAUCAGGCCAGGCAAUGGAAAAUGGGUCCAGCACUGGGGUAGAACAAAAUUACAAAGAGGAGGAAAUGUCUCUCCGUCUUCAACAGCAUAAAACCGUAUUGUGGGGAUUCUUAAAAGGGUGGGCCUGGCAUCAUUUAAUUACAAGCCAGCAUCUUGAACACCAUGGAUGAUUUCCCAUUACAAAUUAUAAGAAACCUCCCUUUUCCUGAAGCUUUACCCCAGACUGAACUUGCCGGAUCAUUCUUCUUGUGCCAUGACCUUCAAAAGCACGAUACAAGAAGAAAAUAAAUAAAUAAAUAAAUCACUCGUGAUUAUUUUCAAUUAGCUUGCCUCAAUGCAAUACUGAUGAUGCACGAGGAGGAAAUAUACACUUAGAAUUAACCAAUUUAUCACAAUAAAGAACACACCUCAAAUACUUGCAUGACAUUAAGUAUAUGUAAUAAAAUAACCCAUAUUUGAAUCAGAGGUGAUUAUUAAGGCUAGUGAAUUGAGGAAUCCUUUCAUGAUUAUAUUUUUUUAAAUCUCUUUCAACACAUAUUUCCCCAGCUCCCUUUAAUAUUUUAUUGAUUAAACCUCUUAACAGUUUUUAAGCAUUUGUCUCUGGAAGCAAAUGUGCAUUCUAGGACUUUUUUAAACUAAAAGUAUUGUCACAAAUGUUGGCAGCAUUUUAUUGAAGACCAGUGGUACUCCUUUGUAGAUCAGGCAAAUAACCCUUUGGGUUAUUACAUUAGAAACGUUUUGUGAAUUCCUUCAAUACGACUAUUUUGCUCUUUUUUGUUUGUACGUUUAGGACUUUAGUAAAAGGCUGUGUCAAUAUCAGCCAUCACUUAAGCCUUCAGGUGCCUUUCUAAAAUUACUUUUUGAUUUAAUCCCAGCUCUUAAGUGGAAAGUUCUUAACGUGUGGUGUGGUGUCUCGCUUACAGCUUGUUCAAAAUACUGCCGCUAGAAUUCUGACUACAACUAGGAAAAAUUAACACUUUACAUCUGUUUUAGCCUCCGUACACAGUAUAGAAUUGUUUUUAAGAUUUUGCUGUACACCUAUAAAGCCCACCUAGUUCACACCUAGCUGUUUGCAGGAGUUACUGACCCCGUGUCAUCCAAAUCACAAGAUGUAGGGCUACUGGUUAUUCCCGAGUCAACAACAUUAACACAGGGAAGCUGGGACUGGAACAGUUUUUAAAGUAAGAACUGAAAACAUACUUUUAUAAAACUGCUUUCUUAUCUUACUGGGUUUUAAUAUAAUUUUUAAAUUGCUGCUUUUUAAAAAUAUAUAUGUACUGUUAUU